AUGUCAUCAGCGUCCGCUUCGAAUACCACCAUCUUCGUGUCGUCCCGCAAGAGCCCGUUGGCUAUGGCGCAGACCAAUGCUGUCAUCUCCAUGCUCGAGUGUCGGUUCCCAGAUCUCCACUUUGUUGUGGGACAGGAGGACACGAUGGGCGACCAAGUCUUGGACCGCCAUCUAAGCGACUUGGGUACAUCCACUGCCUCUGGUCUCUUUACCAAGAGUCUCGAGGAAGCGCUGCUCGCCAAGACCGCCCACUUUGCUGUCCACUCGCUGAAGGACAUGCCGACAACGCUACCGGCUGGUCUCGUGCUGGCUGCCAUCACGAAACGAGAGAGUCCUGAAGACGCAGCGAUCCUUCAUCCUAAGCACAAGGCCAAGGGCCUCACAACGCUCAAGCAGCUACCAGAGAAGAGCGUGAUGGGCACUAGUUCGCUGAGACGCGAAGCGCUGAUAAGGAGUCAGUUUCCCAGCUUUGAGGUCAAGACGUUGCGCGGCAACAUCCAGACGAGGUUGGCCAAAUUAGACGAAGGUGACGAGUACGACGCUAUUAUUGUGGCGGCCUGUGGGUUCCGGCGUGGGGGACUCGGCGACCGCAUUGACGAGAUUCUGCCAAUGGAAUCGUUUGGAUACGGCGUUGGCCAAGGAAGCAUUGGCGUGGAAUGCCGUGCGGACGAUGAGCAGACAAUUGCAAUGCUGAAGACGAUAACGGAUGAGAAAUCCGCGCACUUGUGCAAGGCCGAGCGUAGUUUGCUGUACCACCUCGAAGGUGGAUGUCAGAUUGCUAUGGGAGUGAGUACGUCGCUGAAUCAAGACACAUUGACGUUGAAUGCAACAGUGUUGUCUCGCGACGGCAAGAGUAGUAUCUACGAAAGCAUCUCUGGACCUUGUUCGGAAGCUGAUGAGCUUGGCAAGAGCCUGGCCGGGCGCUUCUGGGGCAAUGAGCUGGCCCGGAAGGUGCUAGGAAAGACCCAGGAGAAACGUGCACUCACGUAUGGCGACGCCGAAGCUCCUGGUGAGGCUGCUGCUAUGUCUGCUGCUGCGGCUGCAGAAUCAAUGUCAAAGAAGAUGGAGAUUUCCGACCGCGUGCUGCAGGCUUUUCGCGCCAUUGGCAUUGUGGUUGCUGAUGUACCACUUGUGUGGUACGGGAUGGGCAAGGCGAGCUUCGCCACGGCGUCGCUGGGCAAGUCGUUCGUCGUGUACAAGUGCGACAAACUAACGCCUGUGCUCGUGUCGCCUCAGCUGCCGAAGCGCAUUGCGGCUCUGGCCGUGCAGCCCAAGAAGCACUUGACGUUUACGGCCUGUGGCCGUCAGAUCAUCGUCUGGAAGCGAGUCGAGCAGAUCAAGACGUUGCUGGGCCACAAAGGAGCUAUUCAGCAGCUCAUGACUGUGGGCACCAUUCUCUUUUCGCUGGACGACGCACGCAGUAUCAUCAUGUGGGACUUGGACACGAUGGAGAUCAUUGACACGCUGAGUUUCCCAGUACACUUUGAGCCCACGACAAUGCUGCACCCCGACACGUACUUGAACAAGAUCCUUGUGGGGUCGAAGCAAGGUUCGUUGCAGCUCUGGAACGUCCGCAAGAAACAGUGUGUGUUUGAGUUCACGGGAUGGGGCAGUGCAGUGACAGCGCUGGAACAGAGUCCUGCAGUGGACGUUGUGAGCAUCGGGCUGGCAGAUGGGCGACUGAUGGUGCACCACUUGCAGCUGGAUCGACGCGUGCUGGACUUCCGACAGGAUCAGCAAAGUGGCAUCACGGCCGCGUCUUUCAGAACAGAUGCAGGUGCUUCAACGACGCCUUUGGUGGUCUCGGGGUCGCGAUCGGGUGACAUUGCAGUGUGGAAUUUGCAAACCAAACGUCUCGAGUCGGUGAUUGCGAAUGCGCAUGACGGCGCUGUGAUGUCGCUGCAGUUCCUGGCCAACGAGCCGUUGUUGUUGUCUGCAGGGACCGAUAAUUCGAUCAAGUUGUGGAUUUUCGACCAAAUUAACGGGGGUACAGCUCGACUGCUCAAGUCUCGUGAAGGUCACCGUGCGCCACCGACGCGCAUUCGCUACUACGGGAACAACACGCUUGCUACAAUGUCGGACGGUGCUGACGGCACAUGCUGCCAGAUCUUGUCGGCCGGUCAGGACCGCGCCUUCCGUGUCUUCCACACGGCGCGCGAGCAGCAGAGCAGGGAGCUAUCGCAGGGACCAGUUCUCAAGAAAGCACGUAGUUUGAAUGUUCGCGUCGAGGACUUGAAGCUGCCACCGAUUGUGCAGUUUGCUGCUAUGGAGACGCGAGCGCGCGAUUGGGCGAAUGUCAUUACGUGCCACGAAAACGAGAUUGCCGCUUACGUGUGGCGCUUUGAGCACCGCGCUAUUGGCAAGAAGGUGCUCCGACAGUUUGAUCCAUGCAACCGCGUUCCUUCGGGUAGCGCAGAGGAUCUACGCCGCAAAAAGACGCAGGCAACUAGCGUGACUAUCAGCUCGUGUGGCAACUAUGCACUUGUCGGCAGCUCAGGCGGAGCUAUCUUCCAAUACAACAUGCAGUCCGGCGAAGCCCGUGGCUCGUUUCCGGUGGCACUGACGCCGAAGCCGAAGCUCAUUAGCUCGCUCGUGCUACCUGGAACAGAUCUGUCAGUACUGCAAGUCGACGAGCAGGACGAUACAGCUAGGGAUGCUCACGACGGACCCGUGAGCGCCGUCGCUGUUGAUGCGCUGAACGAGACCUUGGUUUCUGCCGGGAUUGACGGCAAACUGAAAUUUUGGGGUCUCAAAAAGCACGAACUGCGUCAUGAGAUCAACGUGGACUCUCCUAUCAGCCAGAUGGAGUUGCACCGCGAUAGCAACUUGCUGUGCGUAGCGUGCGACGACCAAAUUCUUCGUCUGUUUGAUGUGAUGACGUACAAACUUGUGCGCCGUUUUGCAGGACACUCACACGGCGUGACAGACAUGACUUUCAGCUCGGAUGCGCGGUGGCUUUUUUCAUCGUCUGCUGACGCAUCGUUGCGCGUGUGGGAUAUUCCAACGGGCAAGUGCGUCGAUUGGAUGCGAUUUCAGAAACCUGUGACUGGCUUAGCUGUAUCGCCUACAGGCGAGUUCCUUGCGACCACGCACGUGGGCCACGUGGGCAUUUUCUUGUGGGCCAAUCGCAGCUUUUUCACCGAAGUCUUUCUUGAUUCUGAGCCGACCACGCCUGUGCUGAUGGACAUGCCCGUGGCUUUGAACGAGGUCGACAACAGCGACCAUCUCGGCUUUGGCACUGAACGGAACCCUCGAGUUUUAGUGGCAAGCGCUGACGAAGCGCGGCCAGAAAGCGUUGUCGAUACAAGAGGUGAAGAGAGCCCGGGGCCGCUCGAUGCUUCGCUCAUCACGUUGUCAACGGCCCCACGAGCAUUUUGGCAAACUCUCUUCAACCUCGAGCUUAUCAAGAAGCGCAACAAGCCUAUUGAGCCUCCCAAGGCACCGGAACAUGCUCCUUUCUUCCUUCAAACCGCGCGCAAGGACGACGUGCAUCCUACGUUUGUGCCUGUUGCACCCAAGUCCAAGGAGAGUGUUGUAAACAAAGAGGGCGAUGACGACACGAUGCUGGAAAACUGGGGGGCUCAGGAUGACGAUGCGGUAUGGGGUGAUGAUGAUGGCGAAGACCUGGAAGAGGACGCUGAAGUAGCUGCUCCAAGCUCGCGGAUUGUCAAAUCAGAAGGCAUGGUUACUUCCCGCUGCAAGCUGGCAACGUUGCUGGCAAAGUCGGUGCAAGAUGACGACUAUGGUGACCACGCGGCCUCGCGCUUUGCUAAGGUGUCGGCGUACAUGCAGUCGCUCUCUGCGUCUGCAGUGGACGUCGAAAUGAGCACGCUGUGUAUGGGCGCCUUUGACGAGGAGGGCAAGAAGCUGUUGGCUUGUUUCCUGACAUUCCUGCGCGAGGAAAUGCGUACUCGACGUGAUUUCCAGGUACUUCAAGCUUACCUCAAUCGAUUCUUGAAACUGCAUGAGGAGCUGCUCGUGGCGGAUCCAGUGUUGUUAGCACAAGCAGACGAGCUGGGAGGUGUGCAGCAGCAACAGUGGCAGCAUCUGCAGAAGCUACUGCACAACAAUUUGUGUCUGGUGCAGUACCUCAGCAAGAUUCAGAUGUAA